AUGGUGUACCUUCAGUGUUCAGCGACGUCAAAAAGGGAUAAGACGAAAAGAGAAAAGAAGCGCGCCCUAUCCUUGAAUUCCGAAAAGGGCUCACUGACUGUCUGUCCCACUGCUUACUGGAAGAUCGUGUCGGUGUUGGUGAUUGUGGCCCUUCAUGAUCCUCUGAAAUCUACGCGUGAGGCUGUCUUACGCGAGGAGUACGAUAAAGGGCCUUCGAGUAUAUUCUAUUCUGAGGACAUCGGGUGGUAG